AUGUGGAAGAGGUCAAAGGUGACCGAUCAAACUGCCGCUGGGCAGACGGGCAUCAAGAAGAAGUCGAAGGUGCCUGGUGUCAUGAUAACGCAGUUUAUGGAGGAACUUCCAGAGGGAAUGUCAACUCCAGAUUUCACUCGCAAACCUAUUGCUCUGACUAUUCAAGAGGGUAAAUGCGCCAUCUUUAAAGCCAAAAUAGUGGGCACCCCAACACCUACUGUAACAUGGAGCAGAGCAAACGGAGAAAUACAUUUUCACCCCGACAUGUGCAUGCAGAAGUAUGAUGAAGCAUCUCUAGAACACACCAUUGAGUUUCCGAAGGUCGCUCCAGAGGACGCUGACACCUACAAGUGUUUUGCAACAAAUGAAUAUGGAAAGGCUGUUUGCACUGUUGUCUUGAAUAUUAUUGAGGUUGGAUUCUCUAAGAGCAAGGAACUUCAAAAGAAACAAGUAGAAGGGCUUAAUGAAAUAUCUCUGAACAGUAAUCUUGAUGGAACACGUGAGGAAAAGACGAUGGAGCCAGAGGAGAAGGUCUGGGAAAUUCUCCUUAGUGCCGACAAGAAAGACUACGAGCGCAUCUGUGCGGAGUACGGUAUCACGGACUUCCGUUAUAUGCUGAAGAAACUCACUGAAAUGAAGAAAGAGAGAGAGGAGGAGAUUGCAGAGUUUGUUACACACAUCAAUACACUGAAACAUAUUCAAGUCAAUGACAACGACUGUGCAACAUUUGAGUUGGACAUGGACCUCAAGGACCCUGCCAGCAGACUUUUCCUGUACAAGGAUGGCAUCAUGGUUCCAUUCACCUCAGAAGAAAGCGAUGCUCAGAAGCAUAAUUUGAAACAAAUUGGCAAGAAAUACGUAUUCACAAUUAGAAAUCUAGGUUCAGGGGAUGCUGGACUCUACUCAGUGGAUGUUGGGGGCAUCAAUGUAUUCUCCACAGAUUUCAAAGUGCCUGAAGUUGACUUUGCUGUCAAAAUAAAAGAGGUUAAAGCAGAAGAACGACAGGACGCCAUCUUUCAAUGUGUCCUGACUGCACCUCUAAAUGAUCUCAAAUGGUUGGGCAAAAGCGCUCCGCUGACAAAUAGCGAGAAACAUGAAAUCACUGUAUCUGAAGAUAAGCUCAUCCACAAGUUGAUUGUGCGAGACUGUAUGCCUUUGGAUGGCGGCAUCUAUGCUGCUGUGGCCGGAAUCAAAUCCUGCAAUGCCUGGCUUGUAAUUGAAGCUGACAAGGAUCCUGCCAACAAGGGAAAGAAGGCAGUUCGCAAAACUACUUCGGCUGGAGGCGGUAAUGACGAAGAUCUGGCGAAAAUAGCUAAGGAACAGCAGGAAAAAUAUCAGAAAGAAAUGGAGGAAAAAAUUGAAAAUGCCAAGAAGGCUCAAGCAGAGCGAGAAGUUGCAGAAGCAGCUGCCAAAGUGGAGAAUGAAGCGGCUCAAAAGGCAGCGGCCGAAGCAAAAGCUGCGGCUAAAGCGGCGGCUAAGGCAAAGAAGGCGGCGUCCGACAAGGAUGCAGCUGCCAGGAAGAAAAAAGGAGCUGGUGCAGAUGGAGCAGGUGGUGCAGGGGGAGCUGGUGGUGCAGAUGGAGCUGGUGGUGCAGGGGGAGCUGGUGGUGCAGGGGGGGCUGGAGCUAAGGGUGGCAAAGGUGUAGGUGCUGGUGGUGCCCGUGGUGCAGGUGGUGCCGGUGGUGCAGGUGGUGCCGGUGGUGCCGGUGGUGCAGGUGGUGAUGGAACUGACGGUGGCAUAGGUGCAGAUGGUGGUGCCGGUGGUGGAGGUGAAGGAGAAGAUGGAACUGCAGCUGGAGCUAAACGUAGAGCUAAAGGCGGAGCUGGAGGUGGUGCAGGCGAAGGCUCGGGAGAAGACUUUGAAGGAGAAGAAGAAUACGAUUCAUUUGAAGACAACAAAGCUCUGCGCUGCUCCACUUUGCAGAUCAUAGUGAAACAGCUCAACGUUGGCCCGCAAAAAACAGAGAGGCGAGUGGUGCCAGUGGUGAUAAUGGCACCGGGCCAGCAGCAGUCUGUGAUGAAUCUGCUGAAAAUGGUGAGGGUGCAGACGGCGGUGAGCCAGAAGCAGCUGGCAAGCGAUCAGGUCGUGCACGAUCCAGGAGUUCACUUUCAUGCUGGGCUUUCUGACUGCAAAGCCAUUGUUGGAGAAGCAGCAGAGCUGGAGUGUAAAGUGAGCAGUGAAGACUGUGUGGGAGUCUGGUACAAAGAUGGAGAUGAGAUUCAAUCAUCUGAGGGUAUAACCAUUUCAAAAGAGGGAACUUUCCACAGGCUGAAAAUACACAAAGUCACAGAGGAAUUCGCUGGAAAAUAUAAAUUUGAAGCAGAUGGACGGAAGACAGAGUCUAUGAUUGUUGUUGAAGAUCCACCCAGAUUUUCUGCUGAGGAACUGGAAGCAUUUAAAACCCCCGUAACAGUGAAAAAAGGACACAAAGCUACCUUCAAACUACCUUAUGUUGGAAAGGAUCCUAUAAAAAUUCAGUGGUACCUUGAAGGUGAGGAGCUUUCAGAGGAAUCAACUAUCAAGUUAGAUCACUCGGAGGGUUGUAGCAGUCUGCUUCUAACCAAACUUCAGCGCAAGGACAGCGGGGAAGUCAAGAUAAAACUCAAAAAUGAGUUUGGCACUGUUGAGGCAAUCAGCCAGCUUAUUGUACUGGAUAAACCCACUCCUCCAAUGGGACCUCUGGAGAUUGUGGAAGCCUCCUCCUCUGCAAUUGAUUUCAAGUGGAGGCCUCCAAAAGACAGCGGUGGCUGCAAGAUAGGCAACUACAUCAUUGAGCGAAACCAAGUUGGCCGCAACACCUGGAAGAAGGUGGGGCCGAUUGGUCCAGAGAACAAAUACAAGGACUCUGAUGUAGACCACGGCAGGAGGUACUGCUAUCGCAUCAGAGUGGAGACUGAAAUGGGCACCAGUGAGCUGAUGGAAACAGAGGACAUCCAAGCCGGAACAAAAGCAUACCCUGGACCUCCAUCAGCACCAAAGGUUGUAAGUGCCUUCAAAGACUGCAUCACCCUCUCUUGGUCUCCUCCAUCCGACACUGGAGGAACCAAUAUUCUUGGAUACAACCUUGAGAAACGCAAGAAGGGCAGCAACCUGUGGGGCAUAGUCAAUCCACCCGAUGAUAUGAUCAAAGGUAAGGGAUGUGGAGUUAAAGAUGUGGUCGAGGGCAUGGAGUACGAAUUCCGUGUGUCAGCAAUCAACAACUCUGGAGCGGGUGAAUUCAGUACAUCAUCUGAGUUUGUGUUUGCCAGAGAUCCUAAAAAGCCUCCGGGUAAAGUCAUAGACUUCAAAGUGACGGAUUCCAACUACACAACCCUGUCCCUGUCUUGGACCAAACCCAAGGAGAUUGAGGGAGUUGAGGAUGAAGCCAAGGGAUAUUUUGUGGAAAUCAGGCCUGCAGAGAACACCGAAUGGGAUCGCUGCAAUUCAAACGCAGCAACCUUGAAUUUCUAUACAGUGAAAGGCUUGAAGUCAAUGGGCAUGUACUGGGUGAGAGCCAGAGCUACUAAUGAUGGUGGAGAGGGAGAGCCACAGGAGCUGGAUAAUUACAUCCUUGCUAUGCCCCCCCCAGUGAGACCACGAUUCACGGAUGCCAAAAUCAAAAGUUUCAUGGUGGUGAGAGCGGGGAACUCUGCACGAUUCAACAUUAACUUUGAGGCAUCUCCUUGGCCUGAGGUCAUCUGGCUGAAAGAUGGAUCGCCCGUGCCUAAAAAGGUGACCAUCAGCAAUACAGAGGGAACAUCCCAGCUUCUGAUUACUUCCGCUGAGCGCUCUGAUACUGGAAUCUAUACUAUCACUGUCAAAAACAUUGUUGCCCAAGAAUCAUUCAGCAUUGAAAUUAGAGUCACAGAUGAGCCGAAGCCACCAGGUCCUGUAGAGACUGACGAAAACGUGCCUGGCACAGUGACCAUUUCAUGGACCCCAUCACCAGAUGAGAAACGUGACGACAGGCUGCACUACAUGGUGUCUAAGCGGGAUUCAAGUAAAGGCACAUGGCACACCAUUGGAGAUCGCAUCUUCAACAACAGAUUGACAGUCUGCAACAUAAUGCCGGGCAGAGAAUACCAGUUCAGGGUCUAUGCAAAGAAUGACAUGGGCCUCUCCAAACACUCCGAAUCACCAAGGUGGCUGAUUACCACCAAAAAAGAAAAGUUCACUCUGAACAUACCAGAUUCAAAGACAUGUAAUCUACAGUGUCCUCCCAAGUUCCUUGUCCCACUGAAAAUGCACACUGCUCCUCAAGGGUAUGAAUGCUACAUGAGCUGUGCUAUAAAAGGGGAUCCAACACCCCAUGUUACCUGGCUCCGCGACAAUAUCAGUCUGAAUACCAACACUAACUACUUUAUCUCCAACACCUGUGGAGUCUGCUCACUGCUCAUAUUGAGAGUUGGACCUAACGACACCGGGGAGUACAAGAUUGUUGCAGAAAACUCCAUGGGGAGGGCCGAAUGCUCCACUAAACUGACAGUCAGAGGUAUAUCUUAA